AUGGCGCGCCGAGGUGGGGGCGGGGCGUGGACACGUGCGCGCGCCGGGAGCCGAGGGGCUACAGGGCGGAGGGACACAUGGCGGCGGCGGCCUGGGGGCAGCGCCGGCGGAGGAGGCAGCAGCGCUAGCAGCUGUGUUCAGUCAACCUGUCAGACUAUGAAGGAGCACAGCAAUGGCAAAUGCUGUAAAAGAUUCCUAAGGGCAAACUUUAGAGAGCAACUGAGGUCCCAUCACAGCAAAUGGAAACAUUUAGAUGGCUCGUUGUGUUCCCAAAGACAGUUUUAUUAUCAACAGAAACAGCGCCUGUGGCUGUCAAUCAGGAAAAAACGGGCCAAGUCUGCGCUAAGAAAGGCCCUUUUGGAUUGUCAACAGUGCAGAUCUGUGAAAGACACCAAAUGUUUGAAGGCAACAUGGAAAGAAACUGCGUUGUUGACCUCAAGAGUCAAUGACACACCAACCAAGGAAACAUGUACACCAACCUUGGUACCCCACAAAGAAGGAGAGAGUAAGGGAUGUGAAAUCAGUGAAGUUCGGAACAGCAGUGCUGUAGCCCCAGAUACAGACUGUAAAUCAACAGUUUUAUAUUGUGAAGCAAUCUCAAGAAAUCUAACUGCAACGUCAAAUGCUACUUGCCUCAAAUCUCUACGGAAGAAGAACAAUGGAUUUCAGGACAAGAUUAUAAAUCAAAAACUAUUAAAUGGUUAUAAAAGAAUAGACUUCCAAGAGAGCAAAGAUUCUGUGUUCAAUAGUUUACCUCGCAAGACAAAGCGUCAGCUGAAAGGUCAUAAAAUUUUUCUGCUGUACAGAAAACCUUCUCUCUUUAGCUUCCGUUAUAGAGUAUUUAAUAGUCAAAAUAGGCGGAAAAAAUCUACCAGUCAAAAGCAAGAGAAGCUAAACUUGGUGCAGACUAUAAAUCCAAAGAAGACUGGCCAAUGUAUGGAUAAAAUGGCAUGUGAUACGUCUUUGCCACAUCCCAUAGAUGAAGAUUCUAGCCAGAACUUGGAGUUUGUAUCAGAUCAGAAUAGUGGUAUAUCAGAAACAAUGAAGAAAGACAAGAAUUCUUGCCUGGCUAGUUGCUGUGAAGUUUCAAUUACACCUCUUGAUGAAAGGAUGGACACUUCGCAAAUGCAGGAGAAUGCACCUCGUUUUGUUCAAUCUAGUGAAAAGCUUGCUGAAUGUAAUAAUCAGGCAGUUGAUGAAAACUCAGAAGCAAUGUUCCCGCCCUCGAGCCCUCAUGAAUCAGGUGCAUCUUGCGCCAGCCAGCUUGUGGGUGCAGAUAAGUGGCCUAAAAUCGAUGGGGUGCCCCAGACGUUUACUGUCUCUCCAGGGAGACUUGUGAACAAAACCCCAAUUUGUGACAGGGAGAUGCAGGUCAUCAAUAUAGUAAUGGACUCCAGUCCUGUAUCGUAUGGAUGUACAAAUACUUCUCUUAAUGAAUCUGGCCAGUCAGUUUGUUUGCAGAGUGGUGAGCCAUGCCCUGUGCUUCAGCCACAGCUAUUAGAUCACAUUUACUAUAGAUCCACCAAGCAGCAUGAAUCGGUGAAGAAUGAAGCCAAAAAGGGAAAGGAGAAUGAAUCUCAGACCCCCUCUAUUGCCAGUGAACAGUUAAUAUCCUGUAUUCAUGCUUUUCUGGAUGAAUUUUUGACAAAAUAUGGGAGUCUAAUCCCACUUACUGAAAAUGAUGUUCUGAUGAAUCUAGAGCAGAUCUUUCAUCAGGAUUUCCAUGACAGGAAAACCUUUAUCCGGAUGGAAAUACGGAAGUAUCAGAAAGCACAGGUGAACAAGCCAGAACCCAGUUUCCAAGUGGUUUACAACAAGCACAUUUUGACUUUGGAUGACCUGGCUACACUAUAUGGAGAGAACUGGCUAAAUGAUCAGGUAAUAAACAUGUACGGAGAACUGAUUGUAGAUGCAGUACCAGAUAAGGUUCACUUCUUCAAUAGCUUCUUUUACAAGCAACUUCAAACUAAAGGAUACAACGGAGUGAAGAGAUGGACAAAAAAAGUGGAUUUGUUCAGUAAAGCCCUCCUACUAAUCCCCAUUCAUUUGGAAAUCCAUUGGUCCUUGCUAACAGUUGAUCUUCCAAAUAGGAAAAUUUGCCUUUACGAUUCUCAAGGCAUCCAUUUUAAUUCCUGUGUUCAGAACAUUUUGAAAUAUUUAAAGACAGAAGCUGGUGAGAGGAAUCGUCCUGCAUUCCUGGAAGGGUGGAAAGCAUUUGCCACAACGUGUAUUCCUCAACAGAAAAACGAUAGUGACUGUGGUGUGUUCGUUCUUCAGUACUGCAAGUGCCUGGCUCUAGGAAGACCAUUUCAGUUUUCUCAGAAAGAUAUGCCUGAAGUAAGAAAACUGAUCUACAGAGAACUGUGUGAGUGCAAACUUAUGGAGUGAGCUGCCAGGUGAUUGAGACUCCUCCCGGGAAAUUGCAUUCCAGGAAAUUGGUGUGACCAGUUCCGUUACAUGAUGUACAGAAAUCAGGGAGGAAGUACUGAAGGCACAGUUGGAGUGUUUACCUCUUUCCGGGUGCAUGCAUGGCCUGAGCACAUUCAGACUUAAUAAAAGCACAACUUUGCUCGAUUGGCCUGUUGCUGACAAAUUGCAUGUAGCAGUAGAGUAAAAAUUUAGACUUCCUUUUUGUCUGCAUAUUUUGAGACCCUCUAAAGUAAAGGAAGUAGUUAAAUUUACAUUAAUUUAAGAGGAAAACUGAAGUCUUAGUGUAGAAAUUGUUCCAGGUAUUAUUAAGUGAGAAUCCCCUCUUUGUAUCCACUGGGGAGAUUUUCACUUUUUCCACAGAUGUUUAAUGACCAUGAGGUCAUUGUAUUAAGCUGCAGCAUGUUUAAAAGUGAAGAUAGUUUCAUUAACAAGAAGACAGUAACUCUGGGGUCAGUACUGUGAAUUCCAGAGGCAAUGAUCACAGUUGGACAUCAAUGCUAAAAUUUAACCUGUUUUAACCCAAGGCAUAUUUUCUUUAAAAUUGUUUCUGAAUUUUUCUCUCACAUGUUCGAUGGGGGUGCUUCUUCAGUUUAUUAGUAAAACAAUGGAAUGGAUUUUCUGGAGUAAAAUGGUUAUUAUUUGAUCCUUAAGUUAGUGAAUGUGUUUGCUUUGCUUUAUACUGAUGAAAAGCCUUUUCCCUUUCUGCUUAAACAAAAGUAUUAUUCUUUUGUUGUUUAUAUCAGCUAUCUCAAAAGGUUUUCUCUGGAAAAUGAAAAACUAAAAAUCAGGCUCAGUGUAGAAGUUCUUUCAUUUUAAACAUCAAGUAUCAAGGCAUGCUUAGGUAUUACAAACUUGGGUACUGCCAACCUUUUAGUUUUAGCGCAUUGUUUGACUGUGAACAUUGCUGGCUAGGAUUGGCAUUUGUUGUCCAGCCCUAAAUUGGCUCAAAUGAUGGAUCUCCUUGAACUGCUAGUGAUUUGAUACAACUGAAUUGGGAUGAGACCACAGUCACAUAUAGAACAAACUAGAAAAGGACCCACAGGUUUGUUACUGGGUUUUUUAAGUUGUCAAUCUAACACCUUCAUACUCAUUUUACUGCUACUUUUUUAACAAAAUUUGCAAAUGGCCAUGAUGGGAUUUCACUCAUGCUCAGAAUAAAUAAUACAACCAUUACACUACUGUACUUUUAUAGUUCCAUUUUAUUUAAUAUUUUUGACUGGUCAAAUCAUGUGAUUUUUAACCUAGAAAACUAGUAUCUGACCAAUGUUAACUUUUAAUUUUGCCUUUCUAAAACUAAAGGAUGGAAACUAAAACUAAGUGCAGAAAUUUUUAAAUAAAUGGGUUAAGUAUUUGAGGGUGAGAAUGUUUCUAGAUGUGCUCAGUUUUGAAAUAUAGGGGAAAAUGUAGACAGCUAACCUCACACUGUGCUCUGCAACAAUACUGCAAAUAGAUUUCAGAUUUUCAGUGUUUGAUUUUUUUUUUUUCUCCUGUAGUUAAAUCUUCUAAAAUUUUGCCCUUUAACUUUGCUGUCUGAACCCAGAGUAAAUCUAGAAUGUGUAUAUUCAGUGCUUUGGUAAAGUAUGUAUUCCAUUGCAACAUGAAAUUGUCCCAAUUACUUGAAAUGAAGUCUGUAAGUGAAAAAUGAUUAAAACUUCCUUCUUAUAAUAGUUUAAUGCCUCUUGUUAAGUAUUUCAAUUAGAAACAGAUCUUUAUCUUACUUAACUGUUGGAUACUUGCAGAUGGAAGUUCUGGUUAUGAUUCUGAAAAUAAACUGCCUUAUCUUGGUACUGUGGUUUCUCACUCCUUAAAGGAACUUUAAUCUAGAAUUUUCAAACCCUCGUUGGCACCAUGUAGUUGUGCUCAACCUGCAUUACGGUAUUGAGCAAUGGCUGUGCACCAUAGGGCUAGUACGUUUUUUAGGUGGGUGCAGUGAUGCAAUUAAAUAUUUAUAACAGCUGUUUUGUACUGAGGUAGAACCAUCUUCCUACGUUAUCUUGUGCUGUAUCCAGAACACCACCAAGUCUUUUACAGAUUAGGAGAUGAAAGAUGUGUUAAAUUAUAAACAUUAGUGCAAUAAUAGAAGCUGUGAGUAAAGUAGGAGACUUUUUUUUUAAAUUCCUGCAAGGAGAGCUGUUGUAAUAAGUUCUGUGUUAUGGAGAUUGGAUAAUAAAGUAUUUGAGGAUGAUCUAACCCUUUUUUACUGGCUUCUUUAUCCUCCCUACAUGUUUUCCUUUCCUUUGAUGUGCAGUGUGAUGCUCCUUUUGGGAGGUUUUUUUUUGCCUACUUUGUUGACACCCAGGAGAUUUUUGUUAAUUAAUUGUGCUGUAUAUAACGGAGUAAAGUAGAACACAAUGCCAAGAUGUAUUUGUGUAAUGCUGUCAUCCAUGUAAUUAAGUUACCCUAAAUCUGAACUAUUAACAUGACAAAUAUAAAAAUACUGUAUGUUUUUGAA